GGGGCAUGAGCAUCCAGAAAAACACGUUUCACCGUGAGAAGGGGGAUUUUUGAAAACUUUUUCGGAUGUUGUUUUGCUCUGAUCUGCUGUUUUCUUUCAGAUGAACCAUCUCACGAACUUUCCGGGAUUUGGAAACUCGGCAAGGGCAGGGUGCAAAACACACGAGUAGGACAUGGUCCCUUCUCCCACUUUUGUCGCUAAAGAGUAGCCCUUUUCUCAGGUCUGUUCCAGUCUGCCAAGAAGCUCUUCCUGAGCGAACAGGCCGGGCGGGCGCAGGUGGUGGAGUUCAUGCGCAAGAAUGUCGCCAACUCGAUCUCCAUGGCAAAUCUCGUCAUGGGCCUCUCCUCUGUCCUCUGCAGCCUUAAUGGGCAAUACCAUUCUGCCUGCUGGCUGGUCUUGACCGGCUUCUUGCUGGACCUCGCUGACGGAGCCGUCGCCCGGCAACUGAACGCUUGCUCUGCUUUGGGAGCCAAGCUGGAUGACUUUGCAGACUUCACCUCGUUCGGCCUAGCCACCGCUCUGCUCCUGCAAGCCCACGGGUUCCUGGACGGGCUCCUGGUGAUUGUGUACGUGCUGGCUGUGUUCACCCGCCUGUGCUUCUUCUCCAGCGGGAUCCCCUUCAUGUACCGGGGCCUGCCCUGCCCUUACGGAGCAUCGGUGCUGGCGACCACCUACCUCCUGACGGGGGGCGACCUGGUGGCCAUGCGCAUCGUGGCGCUGGUGAUGAUCUUCUUCAUGGUGGACCAGGGGUUCUACCCUCACGACAAGGUGCUAGAGUCUCAGCCUUGGAAGAAGGCCGUCUUCGCAGGAGGCGUUCUGAUGGUUUUGUUCUCUGCCUCCUACUUUGCCUCGCUCUACUACCUGAUUUGGUCCACGUCGUACAUCAUCUUCCCAACGGCGUUGUGGAGCUGCAAAAUGUAGCCCGCCACGUCACGGCGGACACCAUCGUGUCUCGCCCCGGCCUCUUGCUCAAAGCCAUCAUUGGGGAGCUUGAAGACCAACGGAGGCAGCUCUGAACACCUGUGCGUUGCUGAAAACCUUACUAAAUCGCUCACUGUCCCGACUUGCAGCGUCGUGGCUACUGGAUCUCUUCCGUUGCAUCUGGUGGCGCUCUCUGUCCCGGGCAGAAUGGGAGCCCAGCAAUCGCAGUCGCAGGGGUUUCUAACACUCCGAGCCUCAUCUUCGGUGUAGAUAAAAGUGUACAGUUUCUGUCUAUAUAAAUAGAGAUAUAUGUAUAAAAUGCUGUAUAGCUUUAAGAGGGAAAAUUGAUUUGUAGAUGUUUUGUUUUUCUAGUCGACGAUUUACAUGUUGAUGGCUUUUGGGGACGCUUUUGGACUGGUCGGGUCCCUAAAUCCUCCUCGUUUCGACUGGGAACUUGUUGGGAGCUUCUUCAAGAGAGGACGUGGCUUUGCUGUAUGCAACUGCAGCUGUAGAGAGCCGCUGCAACACAGCAGUACGAAAUCUCAAAAUUGCCUCGCACAUGACAAGCCAGAGUACGGGUUGAGCGUGGGUUGCCGUCGAAUGUUGGUUUAUUUUUGUGCGAACGCAGCCACGUGAACAACCCAUGGUUUGUUAACCACGAACAACCCACAGUUCACCACCCAACAACAAACCCUGGAUCCUCUUCAUGGGCUGGGUGCUGCAAAACUCUUCAUGCCUUGUGCCCCCCAAAAUAGAACAGCGGGGUGUUCCACAGAGCAGGGACGGGCAACGCUGGAUGUUGUUGGAUUGCAAGUCCCAUCACUGGCCAUGCUAGAUAAGGGUGAGUGGCAGUUCAACAACAUUUGGAGAGCGAUACAUUCCUCUUUACCCAUCUGAAGACUUCCCCGUCUAAAACAUAUUGGCCUUCACUUGGGAGUCAAACUGUGUGCAUAGAUCUCAAGGUUUGCUGUUGGGAAAACAGAGCCUCGUUUCCUUGCGUCAGGAAGCCCUGUUAAUAUUUAUUUUUCUAUCCAUCAUUGUAGUGAAAUAUAUUUAGGAAACUGAUUUCUCCUCUCCCCUCCCUCCCACACCACCCCCUCCUUCCCCUAGUUCUUUGGUAUGAAACGGGGAAAAACAGACAGGAAGAUUACAUUUGUGUUACUGAGAAACGAUACUUGAAACUAAUGUUCUUGUGUUUUGGAAAAUAAAAUUUAAAAACAUCGACCAU